UAGCUCAUUGUUAUUCUGCCCGAGUGAGAGAGGGAGACAGAGAGAGGCAGACGCAGAAUGGGAGGCUGACUGUGGUUUCCAACGGCAGGGAGCUGGUUGUGGAGGUGGAGGUGGGGGGGUUGUCGGUGGUUUUUAUGGACUUUUUUUUUGCGGGCGUGAAGGCAUGUCGAUAAUCGGCUCAGUAAUGAGGAGAGGUACUGAACGGCACCAAAUAUCUGACCCCGAUUCCUGGGAGUGAGGAGAGGCAGAGAGAGGAGAGGAGAGGGAAAGAGAGGGAGAGAGAGAGAGAGAGAGAGAGAGGGAGAGGGCCAUGUGAAAAAGGGGUGGAGGGGAGUUGAGAUUUAGUGCUCUGCUGGAUGAAACAACCCCCCACUAACUAACGGAGAGGGAAAGUAGCCUAAUAGGAAGAAAAGAGGGGGGUGUUGUACUGUUCAUUAAACACUCAAAGACGCGCAGGAAGCCUUUAUCGUUCCCAACAAUGAGAUCAGAAAAGGGGAUUUGUGUCAACUUUAAAGCCUAGGACCCUGAACAGCAACAGGAGGAGAUAAAACAGACGCACAUAGUGGCAGUGAAUCCGUGAGAGAAGAAAAAAUGUCUCGAACCGAAGAGGUCAACAAGAUGACAGAAAAUGUCUACAAGGGGAUUUUGGAUCAGUUCAACCCCAGUCUGAAGAACUUUGUGACCAUGGGGAAACACUAUGAGAAAGCCCUGACAGGAGUAACCGUGGCUGCCAAAGGGUACUUUGAUGCCCUGGUGAAACUUGGAGAACUGGCGAGCGACAGCCAAGGCUCCAAGGAGCUGGGGGACACGCUGUUUCAGAUGGCCGAGGUACACAGACAAAUUCAGGUGCAGCUGGAGGACGUGCUGAAACUGUUUCACUCCGAGCUGCUCGCCCAGUUGGAGCAGAAGCUGGAGCUGGACAUCAAAUACCUCACAGCCACUUUAAAGAAAUACCAGAGUGAGCGGAGGUCGAAAUCUGAGUCUAUCGAGCGCUGCCAGUCCCAGCUCAAGAAACUCCGCAGGAAGAGUCAGGGCAGUCGUCAUCCCAACAAAUAUGGAGACAGAGAGAUGCAGUUUGUGGAGCUGAUGAGUCGUCGCCAAGGCGAACUGGACACGCUGGUUGCCGCCGGUUACAAGUCAGCGCUCACUGAGGAGAGGAGGCGAUACUGCUUCCUGGUGGACAGACAGUGCUGUGUCACCAAACUGCUCAUCAACUACCACUCCAAGGUGAGAGAGCUUCUGUCACAGAAACUGUCAUCUUGGCAGCAGUCGUGUUCUCAGCCAACAAAACUCCCAGAGCGCGCCCUGAACCUGCUGCGUCACACUGCGCCUCAGAGCUCAGGGGCUGCUGGGAUAGCCGAGGUCAUGCGCCACACCAAGCUCGGCUCUGCUCAGCCAGAACAGAGGCUCUCUGUUCAAGAAGUCCCUCCUCUGCUGAACGGAGACUCCAGCCGCACCCAGCAGCAGCGCUCGCUCCCCUCAUCCUCCCAGAGUGACACCUGUCCUCCUCAGGGCUCCCCCCAGACUUUCCGCUCUGCAUCAUCCACCGGAGGAGCUGCUGGAGGUUCAUCACGAGGAGCUUCUCCUCAGCACACCAGCACACCUGUCAGUGCGUCAGCCAGCCCCCACCCCGACAGCAGUGCCAGCGGCAGCGCCAGCCCGGCCGCAUCCACUCCCACUCCCACCACGUCCGGUGCCUCGGCCCAGCAGACCUCCCUCCUCCUGGCCACUAACACGUCCAAUCUCUCCCCGAGCCUCAUCCCCUCCACCGUGAUGUCACUCAGCCAGAUCUCCCCGGCCAGCAGCUCCCUGCAUGGCAUGACCCUCCCCAUCCCACACAGUGCUCCUCACAGUCCCCCGCUGCCUCACAGCGCUCCUCUCUCCAGGGCCAUGACUCCUGUGCAGCUGUUGCACCAACAGGUGGGACCAGGAGGGAGCAAUGCUUCAUCACCAUCACACAACCCCUGGCUGCUGAAGGCUGCUGAAAUGUGCGCUACAGCCACGCUUCCGCUGCCAAGGAGACCUGUCAGUGAAAUGAGGCUGGGUGGCUUUCAGGGCUCUAGUCUUCCCAGGAUGCUGCCUUUAUCUGGACCUACACGUGUGGAAGCCAUGUUUGCUCACUCUCCUGGAGCAUCGGAGGGCGCUGGAGUCGGGGGUGGGGCUUGUUUACUGCACUUCCUGCCUGGUGACAACAUCACCUUGCUCAUCUCUGAGCCCAGAGACGGGUGGCACUACGGUCAAAAUGAACGGACCGGACGGAAAGGCUGGUUCCCUUUCUCCUACACUCAGCCACACCACAGUAAGAUGGAUCACCUCGAGAGCUCACUCUUCUUAUCUAAAGCUAACAGCACUAGUACCGGCCAGCUCGACAAGCUGGUGUCACCGGGUCUCACCCCGGAGUCAGAGGAGGAGCGCUCCCUUCCUCCCCAGAGGGUCAGCACCUUCCGCCCGCGCCCGUACAGCAUGGCCGACAGCAACAAGAUCACUGCAGAUUUGGCCUCUCCACCACCCUCCCCAACCAGGCCCAAUCCAUUCGCCCAUGUACGACUCAGAAAAACCGUCACCAACGAUCGCUCAGCUCCUAUCAUUGAGUAAGUGGUUGAUUCCCACAGCAGCGAUCCACUUUUCUGUUCUCUGUCAGCCUCAGGUUGAGUCCUGGAAAAACAGCACACUGGUUCAUGUUGAUUUUUUUGAAUAGUACUUUACUGUGUAUGUCCUUCUGUUUGCAAUUUAAUCAAAUACAGAUCAAAAUUUUAAAAUCAAAUUACAAAAGCUUCAUGUGUAAAGGCUGAUUGGGUAUAAAUGUGAUCACUGUUCAUUCACUGUUGAGUUAGUUAAUAGGAGAAAGUAGAAACAGAACUGCUGUGAUAUUUGAAAGUUCUGUUUGAGUGAGACAUGGGCAUUAAAAUAAAACCUAGGCUAGUUUUUAAGAAACAGAAGUAUGAUGUUUGGCUGUACUUAGUUUGUAUCCUGCUCGUCCAGAAUAACUAACAUUUUUAGGUUUGUCUCUGCCUGUGGAGGAUGCCUUUUGUUUCUCUUACUGUUUUACAGUGCAAUUUUCUUUUCUUAACACAACCUUUAAUCUAGUUCUUUCUUUGUUUUUGUGUGCCAUACUCAGAAAAGUUUUCUUUGUUCAGCUGAUUUAGGGACUGGCUCCUAAUAGCAGGUUGUUAACUUUCACCUGGAGUGUAAUGAAGUGUUAUGGGAAGAGGACAGGCUCCUACUCUAAAAGUGCUAUUACAAUAUUGUAUUUUCUAGAAGCUGCCAGAAGCUCUCUUGGUUUCAAUGAAGGUAAACUUUUACAUUUAUUCAUGUCUUUUCUAUUUUAAAAUGUAGUUGUCUGGCUGAGAGAUACUUGGCAUAUUUUAAUGAAACUGGCACACUGAGUUAUUUGUUUGUGUCACUUUUACCUUAAAAUGACUGAACAUGGGCAAUGCCAUUUGAGUGUACAAGUCCCUGUUGGUUAUAACUUAUGUUAAUGACCUUUAACACAACACACUCUGCUGCUGUGAAGUUACAUAUAAGUAUUUUAUGAAUGUAGAUUUUUGGAUUUAACUCUUUGCCUGAGCUCAAAAUACAAUGUAAAAACACACUCUACCUUAAAUGUGAUGAUUCAAAUGAUUGAUCAUUUCCCAGUGCAACCACUGAGUGAAAUCCUCAAAACUGUACUUAUUUAAUACAGAGCAACUCUUACGAAACAAAGAAACAGAAAAACUCAUUCAUUAGCAUCACUUAUACAAACUGUGACUGGUAAUAGUUGAACGAUUAGAUGGUGUUAUUAUUGAGAGAAGAGUUGUUUUUAGAAAGUAGCACGUUGUGGAUGGCUCAAAGACUUAAGAAUGAGAGAUUUUUGCGUGCUUAGUCUUUGGAUUUGAUGUCUUCUUGAUUCCUUUUCAGUCCCAAAUCUAAAGCUAAAGCUAUUCAACAUCUAGCCUAGUCAAUCCUUAGUUGUAUGUUUACCAAUCAGACUGAGCAGAAUCUUCAAGAGAGAUGUGAAAGCCAAGACAGAUGACAGGACAGGAGUUUUAUUGGGGAAUAGUAUUUAUGAAAGUGAUGAAGAAAGCAUACGGGAAGUUGACCAGUGUCUGAGCAAGUGUUCAUGGUAAACUAGAGAUAUCCAAAGUAAUGUUCUGUAGCUCUGUAGUCGCCUCUAGCAAAAGUGGUGAAAUUUUGUGUGUGUGCAAACUGAAACAGUUGUUCUCUUGUUGUAACAGCCUUGAGUUGCUGUGAUAUUUUAGCACCUUUACGAUUCAAGAGAUCACCCACAAGGUGUUGUAGAAAAUCAUCUCUAACAUCAGAUAUAUUGCUUUGAGUAGUAGCAUCAUUAAUGAAGAUGACAGCAAAAUGAUAGAGCUAAUGCUUAUUCAUGCUUGUAAAUAGUGCAUAAAACACAUGAUUGUAUGACUUUUAUUUGACUUUUUAUAAUGAUAUUUCACUUUGGUGGAACAUUUUGACUCUAGAGGCAACAGAAGUGGUUAACUUCCAGUACUGGAACCUCUGUGAAUCUGUUGGUCAUGUUAUUCAGUCUUUUCUCUCCUACACUGAACAAACAGGAAAUAAGACUUACACUGUGACACAGUGAAAAUUACAUAUUAUUCACCUACAUAGGAGUGAGUGCGCUUAAAACUGAGAAUAUUGAUUCUUCUAGACUCAAAUCUUUGAAUAAAAGUAAAUUGUGACUGUAGUGGUCCAUGUUAGUAGUCCAUAAAAUCUAAAAUAGAAUAAAGUUUGCUCUGACUUUGGUGGGAAAUACUAGAAAACAAAUAAUUUUUGUUAAGAAUACAUUUUUUAAAUGUAUUCUUAACACAAAAUGUAAAAACUAGGUUGUAGAAAUGAUUGAUAAAGAAAAAUAACAUAGUCUACAGUGUAUGCAACAUAGAAAUAUAUAAAAAUAUAAAUGUUAUAAAUAUGUAACAGCAAGAAAUUUAUGGCAAACUGAUGACACAAAUUUACAGUACUACAAGUCUGCAGGAUAUUGUACGUGUGCAGAAAAGUUUAUGUGUAACUGUCUUGAAAAUACUUGGAAUCGGUUCAUCACCAGUUGUCGUCGCAUAUAAUGUACAUCAGGAUGCCUGAUGUGCAAAAUAUAUGUUUGUUAUUGCCUGUUUGUACAAACUCUGCUACUAGACACAGGAAAUUAUCCAAAGUUCAAAACUCUUCCUCCAAAGUGAAAUAUCAUUUUAACAUUGCACACCAAUUUACACAGUUCCUUGCUUCUGUAAGACAGAAUGCAGCAAUGUAAACAGCCUGUCAGACUGUUUUCUGAAUUGCAUUGACAUGAAAUCCUGGUGACUGCAGAAGAUAUUUUAUUACUAUUAUGAUGAUGAUGAUGAAUACUGCUGAGGAAGACAUUCUUUACCUGAAAUACUGAAUAUUGACAUGUUGUGAAAUAAAAGUUCUCUGAAAGAAA